AUGAGCAGCUCGAGUAGUAAUGAUCCACGACGCGUUUCGCUAUUCAAUCGUUGGGCUUCGAAACAAAACGAGCCAAUUUCGGGAUUCGAGGGAUUAAAUGAGGAGGAGAUUAUGGAAUAUAAAGAAGCUUUCCGGCUAUUUGACAAGGUUUUUUUAUUGAUAUUUUUUUAUUGACAAAAAACUUUUUCCUAGAAUUGGGUAGAUAGAAAAUGAGAAGAGUUUUGAAUAAGAUUGGGAUAUUUCGAUUUUUUCGACACUAAAUAAGCGUUAGACUUAGAUCAGAUCUGAUGUCUAAAGUCUAACCGAAGCCUAUGCUUCCGUAAUGUCAAAAAACGUCGGAAUUCCGCCUGAUUAUAGAGUUCUAACAGGAUUUAUUCAGAUCUUACCUAAGUGUAUGAGGUCGAAAACAAUAAAUCCUAAUAUAGAUAAGUUUUGUUCAAGCCUAGCUUAAGCUAAAUCUCCAUGUAUCCGUCUUCGAAAAACCAAGUUCCUCAUUCAAUUUUCUGCAGGACGGAAACGGUUCAAUUUCCUCGAAAGAAUUGGGCGUCGCAAUGCGUUCACUCGGCCAAAAUCCAACCGAGCAAGAAUUAUUGGAUAUGGUUAAUGAGGUGGAUAUUGAUGGAAGUGGAACGAUUGAUUUCGGCGAAUUUUGUCAAAUGAUGAAACGGAUGAAUAAGGUUGGAAAUAGUUAGUUCAUGGCUCAUAAAAUAGCCGAGUUUAUGAGGGCAAAAACGAAAACAAUACAAAGAGAGCAUUUAUGAGGGAAAUACUGUUCGCUUUUUUUUGAGAGAGACCAGAAGCUUGUGUGGAACCGAAAAACGUCAUAAUUAGUUUUUUCUCUAUUUUUUCGAGCAAAAAAUAAUAACAAUAUUUUACGAAUAUGAUUAUUGUUAUUAUUUUCUGUUCUCUCUUUUAUUGAGAAAAUUAGGGUUCGAUGGGCUCAAAAAAAUGAAGAGAGAGAGAUACUUCAGUUCCAUGAAUCGCAUAAAUCAAUUGCGGAAAUUUGAGUUUAGAAAUCAAGUUAAAUUUUAAUAACUCUGGAAAUUGCAUAAUGUCACAACGACUUCAUUAUCUAUAUUAGAGACCAAAAAAAAAAUUCUAGGCUUCGAGGUUCAGAACUUAAGCAGUGAUAAAUGUAUGACAAAUCCUAAGUUUGACUGAAAAACUGGAACAUUCAAUAGAUGUGCGUUGAGAGUUAUUAUGAUUAGAUAAUACUGUUUCUAUGUCAAGUAGCUCAAAUUCUAAUUUUGCAGGAAAACGACAGCGAAAUGAUUCGCGAAGCAUUUCGUGUCUUUGAUCGUGACGGAAAUGGCUACAUUACAGCUGAAGAGUUCCGUUAUUUUAUGACACAUAUGGGCGAACAAUUCAGUGAUCAAGAAGUUGAUGAGAUUAUCGCUGAGAUUGAUAUUGAUGGUGAUGGACAAAUCGACUAUGAGGAAUUCGCAUCAACGUUUUCACAGUAG